AUGGUGCAAAUCGCGGCUUACGCCAUUCCCACGAUGGUUUUGCUGAUCUCCUUGGCUAUGGUUUGCAUGGCGCAGCAUCACAAGAAGGUCACCAAGGAGAAGAACAAGCACGUGCUGCAGACGCUCUCUGGCUUGCGGGAAGCGAUCGCACAGAACUUCCAGUAUCUCCAGAUUCUCAGCAUCGUGUCCUUGUUCAAGGUGCGCUGGCCACCACUACUUUCUGAAAUCUGGGCGACUAUACGAAGCAUCACGACAGAUCUGAUCACCAUCCCAAGUCUUGGCUGCAUCUUGCCACACCCCUCGUCCUUCAACGAGAUGCUAGCGCGCUAUCUCAUCCCAGUGGUUGUGGCAGUGAUGACGCUGAUCUCCUGGCUGCUGGUGCGCUUGGUGCACAAAGGACUGCGAGUCUGCCCUUGCCGCCGUGCGCAGACCCUGCGUGCGCAGCUUAAGGUGCGUGGCAUCCAGAUAUUGGAGCUGCUGGUCCUCACAGGCUGCUUGUUUUACAGCCUCAUCGUUCGGAACGGCUUCAUCGUCUUCACGUGCUCAACCGGCCCCAAUGGUGUUUCCAGCGUGGUCAUCUAUCCCCACAUUGACUGCCCCAGCACGGGAGCAGACCUAAGCGAUUGGCUGCAGCUGCUUCCCUUCGCGCUGACGUACAACUUGAUAUUCAGCGUGGGAUUCACCCUCCUCGUGUUCUAUGCCGCUCGGCAGGUUGCGGCGCACUUGGUUCGGACCGACUUCACCGAUUCAGGUCCCUGGCACUUCGUCGCCACAGAGUUCCGCGACACCUACACCUGGUGGCUCUUCUUCAAGAUGACGAAGGAUCUGCUGAUCAAUAUCCUGGCGGCCGUGUUCACUAACCUUGGAUCCAUCCAGCUGUUGAGCACUGCCGUGUUGUCGACAAUCUACGGCUACCUGUGCGCUCAGCAUCAUCCCUAUCGGGACACCAUGAACAAUGUGCUGGAAGUCUGGUGCGCUCUGUCAGUGGCGGCCAUUUGCUUCUUCGCAUCCGGCAUGGGCUUCGCCUACGACGCAGAGGAUGAUUAUGCCGAAACGGCCCUGGAGUCGGCUGGGCUUGGGGAAGAUGGCACCUUGCGCGCCCAGAUUCUGCUUUCAUUCCAGCUGAUCUCCUUCGUGGGCGGUUUCGGCAUUACGUUUCUGCAACUGGUCGCGGAGUUGCCAGGUGCGCAGCGAUGGCUUCCGAAGAGCGUCAGGCGGCGGGAGCCAGAAGACAUAGAUGCUGCGAAGGAGCAGCUCCAAGUAGCUUUCAAGGCAGCAGACUUUUCGAAGUACGAUGCCGUGGCAGUGAUUCGGAACUUCGCUCUUCUCCAGGAGAGCCGUGCUCUGUUGCAUGCCACGGAGUGGCACAUGCAACGCACUGGGUCGCUGGCACGACUGAUGCCAGGCCGCCAUUUCAUGGCGCAGCUGAUCAAGAAGGAAAGCAACCUAUCGCGUCAGUUGGACGAAGAUAGCGACGAUGGCGAGCUGAGUGGUCCGCAAAACCAGGGCGUCGCGCUCUCCGACGAUGAGGCCAUGCCCACGCCGGAGCAGGCUGGGAACAAUGAGUCGUGCGAGUACGAGACGGUAAGAUUCUAG